UCUGGGUGAUAUUACAAUCUCUCAGUCCAUAUCCAGCUCCAGAGAGGUCCACCAUCAUGUUGUUCAGUCAGUGUGCUCUCCUCUUGACCGUGUGGAUGCUUCGUGUAGAGGUUUCGUCUUUUAACCUGGACAAGCAGAACGUGAUGAACAUGCAUGGAGAAGCUGGCACUUUGUUUGGGUUUUCUAUGGCCAUGCACCAUCAGCUCAAACCUUCAGAGGAGCGAGUAUUGCUGAUUGGAGCCCCUCGUGCUAAAGCAUUGCCCAGUCAAAAUGCCAAUAUAUCUGGAGGUCUGUACAGAUGUAAAUUCACAACACAAUCUCAUGAUUGUGAACGCAUUUCUGUUGAUAUAAAAGAACGUCCCCCAAACAAUCCUGGACAAGAUUAUAGAGAAAAGCAAUGGCUGGGCGUCCGUGUCCGAAGUCAGGGACGAGGAGGCAAAGUAGUGACCUGUGCCCACAGGUACCAGGAUUGGAGUUUUGACAACCGGCGGUUAUUGGGCAGAUGUUUUGUCCUGGAACAGGACCUUAACUUGGUGACAGAUGGAGAGUCCACAAGAGCAAUUUGUAAGAAUCGGGAACCAGAUAAGCACAAGUUUGGCUACUGUCAACAAGGUGUCUCUGUAGCAUUUUCCAAAGACAACAAAUAUCUUGUUUAUGGAGCUCCAGGAGCAUAUGACUGGAAAGGCAUUGUGCACAUGCAGCCUGUUGAUGACUUCUCUAUAGAUACCUAUGAAACGGGAGAUCAUGAUCAGCGUCAACACAAGCUUAUUCCUGUGGACUUCAGCAGCCUUUUAGGCUUUGCUGUCGAUACUGGAAUGAACCUAAUGAAAAAAGGAGAGCUGAAUGUUGUGGCCGGGGCUCCGCGAUCAAACCACAGUGGGGAGGUUUUGCUGCUGAGACCAGAAGAAAAGGCAGAAACAAGGAACCUGAAAGCUGAGUACAUCCUUCAAGGCCCAGGUUUGGCCUCCUCCUUUGGCUAUGACCUCGCUGUUCUUGACUUAAAUGGAGAUGGGUGGGAUGAUCUUCUUGUGGGUGCACCCGAGUUUUCCAAAAUAAGCAUGGAUGAAGAUGUAGGAGGAGCUGUGUAUGUUUACAUCAACCAAGCCAAAGGGCAGCGCUGGAACCAAAUCAAACCAGUGUGUCUAUAUGGGAAAAGGGACUCCAUGUUUGGACUAGCAGUGGCUCAUAUUGGCGAUAUCAAUCGAGAUGGAUACCAAGAUUUUGCAGUGAGUGCUCCUAAUGAGGAUACAGGGAGAGGUCGAGUGUAUAUAUAUCAUGGUUCAGCUGCAGAGUUUCGUCAAAAACCAGAGGUUUUAGAUGCUGGAGACCCUAGUAUCAAAUCGUUUGGUUAUUCUUUGGCUGGAAACAUGGAUAUAGAUGAUAAUGGCUAUCCAGACCUUGCUGUGGGUUCACUUUCAGAUAGUGUGCAAGUUUAUAGGAGUAAACCAGUUGUAAACAUAGAAAAGACCUUAACAUUAACACCGAAUAGUAUUGAUUUCAAGGCUCAGGACUGCAAGAGAUAUUCAUGUGAUAUUACAGCUCAGUCCUGCUUCACUUACACUGCCCAGACACCUACAUACAAUCACAAACUGAGGAUCAAGUACACGCUAAAAGCUGAUACAUUGCGGAUAGAGAGGGGUCUUCUUUCACGAGUGGUCUUUGUGAAUUCUGAGGCUGCCCAGGGAUCCCAGGAACUCUCUGUCCAAGUCAAACACAAUAAUACAUUUCUAUGCUUUAUUAUUCAUUAUCAUUAG